ACUAAAACUAACACUGUAUAAAGUACUAUAGACACAUCUUGUACAUCAAGGCCAGUUAAUACUGUAGCAUGUCAUGCUGCGACGGUGGAGCAAAUUUCAUUUGCUGAUGAAGACCUUGAGAUGUGGUUGAAAGCUUCUGAAAAGGCUAGUAACUAGACUUUGUGUUAAAAUAUUAACUAUGCUGUGACUCAUUAUUUUACUGUUCCAAAAGUCAAGAAUAAACUUUCACACUCAAGAGACUCAGGUUUGUUUGAUUAAUUAUUGAUGGUACUGCAUUUAGGAGAAAUAAUUGGCAAUUUAAUCUUAAUCCAGUUUGUUGGAAUUUUGCCAUUCUAUUGUGUUUGGUCUCCUAAGAGUCAAUGGUUUGAAACAAAGCAGACUGGAAGAUAUCAACUCAUCUUUAGUAAUCUGACACUGGGGCACAUGAGUGGCGUGUGCAUGCUAAAAGAGGCCUGUGAAACAUUCAUGAGCAGGAAGGCCAGGAGCACAGUGCACACUGAGCUGCUACAACAGGUGCAAGCAGAGCUAUGGGGACUGUUGAGGAAACUUUGAAGUGCCCCGUCUGCCAGGACUUCUUCACAUAUCCUGUGACACUCCCAUGUGGACAUGACUUCUGUCACACCUGCAUCAAGGCUGUCUGGGACACAGACGUGUCUAAUGAGGGUCCUUUCUUCUGUCCAGAGUGUCAGAUCUUCCUCCCCUCCGACCUCACUCUGGAGAUAAACACCAGCCUUCAAACCAAAGUAAAGGACUUCACUAACAGACCAUCACCAUCAAAGCUACAGACAACAACUUCAACCGGGGAAACCAAACCAUGUUCAACUAUCCACUGUGACCACUGCAUAGAAACGCCAUCGGUGGCCAUAAAGACCUGUCUGACCUGUGAUGCCUCACUGUGCCAGGCUCAUGCCCUGCUACACCAGCAGAGGUCAGCUCUGAGGGAGCACACAGUGGUGGAGGUGACCGGGGAUCCACUGUCUCUGAAGUGCAGGGAGCACCGUGAUGAGCUCAAGCUCUUCUGCAUGGAGGAAAGGGUCCCUGUGUGCUGUUUGUGUGUCCUGGUUGGCAUGCACAAGAACCACCAGGUUUCCCAACUCCAUGAAGCCUGCACAGACUUCAAGAGCAUGUUAGAGACCACUAUGAAGCAACUACUGCAGAGGAGAGGUGAAGCAGAACAUGCCAUCAAGGACUUGGAGUCACUGUAUACACAAACAGUGAAGUCUGCUGCAGAUUACAGAGAGAGAAUCUCAGACAAGUACAGCAGGAUCCGUGUUGUGCUGGAUGGCGAUGAGCGACUGAUGAUGCAGAUCAUAGACGCAGAGGAGACAUGCAUGACAGAGUGGCUGGAAGCCCAGAGGGGAAUCAUGGAGGCUCAGAUUAAAGAGAUAGACAGCCUCAGAGCCUCCAGCAAAUCACUCCUCCAAGAAACAAAUGAUCUGCAAUUCCUGCAGCAAAUCACAGCACAGAAUCUUUGUUUUGAUUGUAGCGACCCUUUGGAUUUAGCACCUAUCCAGGAAAUAGACAGAGAUCUGUGUGACCCUGAGAAGCUGAGAACAGUAGAGAGGCUAGUGGACGACCUCACAGUGGCUCUGUCCCAACACUUUCCACGAAUGUGGUCAUAUCUAAGUUCUCCUGCGCUGGACUCCAAAACAGCCCAUCCAAAACUGGAAAUAUCCCAGGAUAGCAAACAAGUGUACUGGAGAAGGCAGCCUGUCAGUGAGGCUCCAAGCGCUCAGCCAUAUGACUCCCAGUACAGCAUCCUGGGUCAGGAGAGUUUCACUACUGGCCAGCACUACUGGGAGGUCAUCGUACAGGAGAAACCCUACUGGCUGAUAGGUGUGUCCACUGGGCCAGUUGAUAAAAAAGAUGGGCCAAAACAAAAGCUCUCUGGCCUGGGUGUGAAUAAGACAUCCUGGUGCAUCUACCAUGGAGACGGAAAGUACCUGGCAUGCCAUGACACCCAGGAGAAGCAGCUGUCAGUUUGGAGGAGAGUCAGAAAGCUGGGCAUACUAGCAAAUCUCCAGAAGGGGGAGCUGUCAUUCUACAAUGCAGACGCGAUGACCCUGCUUCACUCUUUCUGUGUGCAGUGCAAAGACCCUCUCUACCCCAUGUUUAACCCCUGCAUUGAUGUGAAUGGACUGAACAGGCAGCCUCUCACCUUGUUUUGGAUUAAGGACCCCUGGGAUUGGCAUGUAAACACAGAGGGAGAUAAAGAGUUACCCUAAAUGACUGUGAAUGAAUGUGUUGUGAACUCAAAUUCACUGAUCACAAAGUCUGUAUCUUUUUUUUUCAUUCUGAUGUUCACUCCAGUAUAGCUUGGAAAUGUCACUCAUGCUGUAAAAACUGUACAACCAUAAUCAAUUACCAUGCCUGGAUGUGUCUCAAGUAAAACUAAAACCAAUGACCAAGGCAUUUCAGUGCCUCUGUGAGAAAUGUAAGACAACAUCAACAUCAUGCAUUACCAGCACCCAUAGGAGAGAAAUGGUGUGUUUACAUAAGAAAAUUAUAGCUGAGAGGAGAAGUUUAACCCUUUUUCUUUUAUGUGUAACUGAUUAGUUUCCCAGUAUUAGUCUUAUGUUUCAGUAGUAUAUACCUUCUUAGUGUCUGCAGUUGUCAUAUACAGCAUUAUACUGUAAAUAUUUCAUCAAGUGGUAUCGGGGGCACUUUUUUUCUGUGGUAAAACAAUUCUCAUAUUUGACUUGAUAUAGUUCAGGGAGUAAAUGACCCGUGUGUAAACUACUGGCUUGUUAUUUUUUACAACUGUCCCCUCAGAUCACCAGACAAUGGAGGACAAGCAUGACCUCAGUCUCACAUGUUAGUGUCCAUCGCGAAGUUGGCCUGCAUUGAACAAAACACCCAGUAAGGCCAACUAACAUGAACAGUGACCCUGCAUUUCUUGAGAGAGAAAGAGACCUAACACUAUGCUGUAGACUAUUGUGCAUACAGUUUGUUUUUCCUCUGUGUACAUAAAUACCUACUAUCUGAAGAAGCAAUGAGAAAAUUCAAUUAUUCUAUUUGACUUUAAGUAGUGACUUUGUAUACUCGUUUGUUAAAAGGCAUCCUCAUGAAAAACCAGGAGGA